CUACUACCACCACUACCAGUAGACUCCUUCAAACCCCACUCCCUCCACCUCCACUCCCUUCCAGCUACUACCGCUCUCUCUCUCUCUCUCUCCCGUCACCUCCUCUUUUCAGAUCGAUGGAUAGAUGAGACGAGACGGCCUACAUAGAUAGACCUAGCUCUCUCCCUCCCAAGGAGACAUUCCCCACUUUAUGGAUGCCAUGUGGUUUCUGCGCUUCAUGACACAUCUGGGCGCUUAACAUCACUCACUAACCAUCCUUGCUUCCGUUGCUAGGCAAGCUUAGCAGAGCUCCUCCUUGCAUCUUUCCCCCUUGAGGCCAACACUCCCUACCUCUCUACCACCACAAAACCUAGCUACAACUAUAAGUUUACAGCUUUGAAACUCAGCCCAACAACCCCACCGCCCCACCAAAAACGUCCUAAUCGCACCGCCCGGCCGGCGCACACACGCACGCACGAGCUCCCUCCGGCCCGCCGGAGCAGCCACCACCAUGGAGUACAAGAGAUCGUCGCAUGUGGAGGAGGACGAAGAGGACCUGGAGGAGGAGGAAGAGGACGAGGACGAGGAGGAAGAUGAGGAUGACAUGGAGGAGGAGCGGGAGGGCGAGAUGAGAAGCCGUCAACAUCAUCACCAUCACCACUUCGCAACGGCACCGGCGCCGGCCAUGGGCGCGCCGCAGCAGCAGCACCUGCAUGGAUCCCAGCAGGUUCUUGCCCCGUCUGCUGCUGCUGCUGCGCCGUCCCCCAGCUCCUUGGCGGACAUGGCCGCCUUCUCCAGGCCCCUCCUGCCUCCCAACUCCUCCCUCGUCUCCUCGCCGCCGCCCGGCUUCCUCUCGCCCCCUGCGCACCUCCACCCGCUCCAGCAGCACGCCCACCGGAGGAUGGUGGAGCGGGAGCGGGGCAGGACGGUGGAGGCGCCACCGCCACGGGAGCCCGAGCGCCAGCAUCAGCAGCAGCACCACCAUCCUCACCAGCAGCAGCGUCAUCAAGAACCGGCAAGAAACGGCGUUCUUCCUGCUGCUGGCACCGGCGCCACGCCUCCCCAGGCGCCUGCGCUAGCCCUCGCCACAGGUGGUGCGGCAAGGGAGCACGCUGCCGCCACGGGUCCGCCGGCCGCGCCGGAGCCGCUGCCGUGGAGGUACAGGGAGUGCCUGCGGAACCACGCCGCGCGGAUGGGCGCGCACGUGCUCGACGGCUGCGGCGAGUUCAUGCCGUCCCAGGGCGAGUCCCCGGCCGCCGCGCUGCUCUGCGCCGCGUGCGGCUGCCACCGCAGCUUCCACCGCCGCGAGCCGGUGCUGGUCGCCUCGCCCACGCCGUCGCCCGCAUCCGCCGUCGUCUCCCCCUCCGCCGCGGCGGCGGCCCCCAGCUCCCGGCCCAUGCCGCUGCUCCUCGCCCCGCCGCACAUGCACAAGCCGCGCCAGCACGUCGCCCCGCUCACGUCCCCGAUGUCCGCGCACGUACCGGCCUCCCCGAAGUCGGCCCCCGCCGCGCUGGCCGAGUCGUCCAGCGAGGAGCUGCGCCCGCACCCGCCCCCGCCGCCGCCCCCUCCGCCCUACCCGCAGGCGGCCGUCGGUGCGGGCGGGUCGGCCUCCGCGCCGCCGGCGCCGGGCAAGAAGCGGUUCCGCACCAAGUUCACGCCGGAGCAGAAGGAGCGCAUGCUGGACUUCGCGCACCGCGUGGGGUGGCGCGUCCAGAAGCCCGACGGCGGGGCCGUGGACGCCUUCUGCGCGCAGGUCGGCGUGCCGCGCCGGGUGCUCAAGGUGUGGAUGCACAACAACAAGCACCUCGCCAAGACCCCGCCCACCACGCCCUCGCAGCCUUUGCCGCCGCAGCCUCACCACCACCACCACGACCCUCCUCCUCCUCCACACCACCAGCACCACCACCCGCACCCAGCGCAGCCGCAGCACAACCACCACCACCAUCAGCAGCAGCAUGAUCCAUGAGCGAGCAGCACAUUGCGAGAGUGAGAGGAUGAGGAUGCAUUAGCCAUUAGCCUUUCUUCUUCUACUAGCCUCUUUUUUUGUUGUUCUCCCAUGUAAUUCCAGUGACCUCCUUGUUGUUAAGUGUUAACUCGCGCGCGCGUCGGCAGGUAAUUAGGGUUGGAGCAGAGACCAGUAAUCCGAGGAGGCAUGCAUGCCCUUCUUCCUCAUUGCACAUUGCUCUCCUUGAUAAUAACAUGAUGAUUAGGUUA